AUGAGUAACAUCUACGAGUCUGCAGAGGCCACGCUGGGCUUCAUCAGCUCUCCAUGCCUGACCAAAGUGGAGCUGAGAGUGGCGUGCCGGGGGAUCGCGGAUCGUGACGCCCUGUCCAAACCUGACCCGUGCGUGGUGCUGAAGAUGCAGUCGCACGGCCAGUGGUUUGAGGUGGACCGUACAGAGGUGAUCCGCAGCAGCAGCAGCCCGGUCUUCUCCAAGAUUUUCUUGGUGGAUUACUACUUUGAGGAGGUCCAGAGGCUCCGCUUUGAACUUCACGACAUCAGCUCUGGCAACAAUGGCCUCCGCGAUGCAGACUUCCUGGGAGCCAUGGAGUGUACCUUAGGACAGAUCGUCUCUCAGAGGAAGCUGACCAAAGCUCUGCUCAAGCAGGGAAACACUGCUGGAAAGUCUUCCAUAAUGGUGACAGCAGAGGAGCUGUCGGGUAAUGACGAUUACGUCGAACUCUCGUUCAGCGCUCGUAAGCUCGACGACAAGGAUUUUUUCAGCAAGUCAGACCCUUUCCUGGAGAUCUUUAGACUAAAUGAUGAUGGGACCGAGUCGCUGGUGCACAGAACUGAGACGGUCAUGAAUAACCUGAGUCCAGUUUGGAAAUCCUUCAAAGUUUCCUUGAACACGCUCUGCAGCGGAGACCACGACAGGGAGCUAAAGUGCACGGUCUGGGACUGGGACUCCAACGGAAAGCACGACUUUAUUGGGGAGUUUCAGACCACGUUUAAGGAGAUGAGGGCAGAGCAGGAGGGCAAACAGAUCCAGUGGGAAUGCAUCAACCCUAAAUAUCAGAUAAAGAAGAAAAAUUACAGGAACUCUGGCACUGUCAUUCUCAACCACUGUAAGAUCAUCAAAAUGUAUUCCUUCCUGGAUUACAUCAUGGGGGGCUGCCAGAUUCAAUUCACAGUGGCAAUAGACUUUACGGCUUCCAACGGGGAUCCCAGAAACAGCUGCUCCCUCCACUACAUCCACCCCUACCAGCCCAACGAGUACCUCAAAGCGCUGGUGGCUGUGGGGGAGAUCUGCCAAGACUAUGACAGUGAUAAAAUGUUCCCUGCGUUCGGUUUUGGAGCUCUGAUACCACCUGACUUUAAGGUUUCGCACGAUUUCGCCGUGAACUUUGACGAGGACAAUCCGGAAUGUGCCGGAAUCCAAGGCGUGGUGGAGGCCUACCAGAAUUGCCUCCCUAAGAUCCAGCUGUACGGGCCCACCAACAUCGCCCCAAUCAUCCAGAAAGUGGCCUCCUCCGCCUCCGAAGAGAUGCACACCAAAGAGGCCAUGGAAUACUUCAUCCUGCUGAUCCUGACAGACGGCGUCAUCACCGACAUGGCCGACACACGGGAGGCCAUCGUGCACGCCUCCCACCUCCCCAUGUCCGUCAUCAUCGUGGGCGUGGGCAACGCCGACUUCACCGACAUGCAGAUACUGGAUGGGGACGACGGGAUCCUGCGUUCACCCAAGGGCGAGCCUGUCCUCCGUGACAUCGUCCAGUUUGUCCCCUUCAAGGACUUCAAGCACGCCUCCCCAGCCGCCCUGGCUAAGAGUGUUCUGGCAGAAGUCCCUAACCAGGUGGUGGAUUACUACAAUGCGAAAGGAAUUAAACCCAAGUGUAUGUCGGACUACGAGUCCACAAGAACCUUCAGCCCCUGACAAUGGACUAUGCGCAUACACAGUUCCAUGCACACACACACACACACACA